GGGCGGGAUGUCAAAGUCUUGAAGAAUUACUCAUUGAUCAGUCUCCAACAACCCGCAGAGUUCUUCUCCAAGCCACGAUAAGGAGUUACUUUCGAGACAAACAUACACCAUUUCACAAUAUCCUGACUAUUUGUUUUGUCUUGGACCAAACUGCAGGGUAGGCACAAUGUGGAUCCAGGUGCGGACAAUGGAUGGGAAACAAACCCACCAGGUGGAUUCCCUCUCCAAACUCACUAAAGUGGAUGAGCUGAGAGUUAAAAUAAUGGAGCUGUUUGAUGUGGAGCCGGAGAGGCAGAGACUUUUUUACCGGGGCAAACAGAUGGAGGAUGGCCACACUAUAUUUGAUUAUAAUGUGGGCCUCAAUGACAUAGUGCAGCUGAUGGUUCGCCAGAGUCCUCCAGCUAAAGGCGUCAAAGAUAAAGAGGCCGAGCUCUCAGACUCAGAUUCUGGCUGUGGCUCCACUCCCAGUGAGUCUGACAAGAACUCUACUCACGGUGAGGAAAUGCAGGUGGCUGGAACAUCAGCUGAGGUGACUGCCCCAGAGCUCAUUGACCCUGGCUUUGGACAUUACAAGAUCAAUGAAUUUGUUGACGCAAGGGACCUCAACAUGGGGGCCUGGUUUGAGGCUCAGGUUGUAAACGUUACCAAGACGACAAAGACUCCCACUGAGGGUGAAAUGGAGGUGCAGCCAGAAGAGAUCUCAUACCAUGUCAAAUAUGAAGAUUACCCAGAAAAUGGGGUGGUUCCCUUGACAGCCAAAGAUGUCCGCCCACGGGCUCGCACCGUUUACCAGUGGCACCAGUUGGAACCUGGUAUGGUUGUCAUGGUGAACUAUAACCCUGAUGAUCCUAAGGAACGAGGCUACUGGUAUGACGCUGAAAUCCAGAGGAAAAGGGAGACCCGUACCAUUCGAGAGAUCUAUGCUAAAAUCCUUCUUGGGGAUGCGGGUGACUCUCUGAAUGAUUGCCGCAUUAUGUUUAUCACCGAAAUCUACAAAAUUGAAGAAGCUGGUGGUCAGAAUGAUGCCCCAACAGGAAGUGAGAGUCCGUUGAAGAGAUCAAACGGACCAGAGUGUAAGCACUGCAAAGACGAUCCCAAGAAGAACUGUCACUGGUGUAACUGCCGUGUGUGUGGGAUCAAACAGGAUCCAGACAAACAGCUUCUAUGUGACGAAUGCGAUAUGGCCUAUCACACAUACUGCCUGAACCCACCCCUCACCUCUAUCCCUGAAGAUGAAGACUGGUAUUGUCCAAACUGCCGUAAUGACUCCAGUGAGGUGGUGCGUGCCGGAGAGAAGCUAAAAGAGAGCAAGAAGAAAUCCAAGAUGGCCUCUGCAAACUCUUCCACCCAGAGAGAUUGGGGCAAAGGAAUGGCUUGUGUUGGUCGGACUAAAGAGUGUACGAUUGUCCCAUCUAAUCAUUAUGGACCAAUUCCCGGCGUUCCUGUUGGUUCUCUGUGGAAAUUCAGAGUACAGGUUAGUGAAGCUGGUGUACAUCGGCCUCACGUGGCUGGAAUCCACGGUAGAAGCAAUGAUGGAGCAUAUUCACUUGUGUUGGCUGGAGGAUAUGAAGAUGAUGUGGAUGAUGGAAAUGAAUUCACAUAUACUGGGUCUGGUGGACGAGACUUGUCUGGUAACAAGAGAACUGCAGAGCAAUCCUGUGAUCAGACGCUUACACAUAUGAACAGGGCCCUGGCUCUCAACUGCAAUGUUCCAUUUAAUGCCAAAAAUGGCGCAGAAGCAAAAAACUGGAAAGAUGGGAAGCCUGUUCGGGUUGUACGAAAUUCCAAGGGUGCCAAACACAGUAAAUUCUCCCCUGAGGAAGGAAAUCGCUAUGAUGGUAUUUACAAGGUUGUCAAGUACUGGCCAGAAAAGGGAAAGUCCGGCUUCUUAGUUUGGAGGUAUCUGUUACGGCGUGAUGACGGCGAACCUGCCCCAUGGACAAAAGACGGCAAAGAUCGUAUUAAAAAACUUGGCCUUACCUUGCAGUAUCCUGCGGGUUAUCAGAAAGAAAAGGAGAACAAGAAUGAAGUUGAAGAUAGCACUCCAGAAGGAACCCCAAACAAGUCCAAAAGAAAGCGAAAAUCUCAGGGAAGUGAAUCAGCAAAAAACUCACCAGCAAAGACGCCCAAGAAAACGAAGGUAGAGGCGUACAAACUUACCAAGGAACAGAAAGCACUUAUCAAAAGUGAUGACCUAAACAAGAAACUGUGGGAUGAAGCCAUGGAGUCACUGUCACUUGGACCGAAAUUCUUGACUAAAGUUCAGGAAGUGUUCCUCUGCAUUUGCUGCCAGGAAGUGGUCUUUCAGCCCAUCACCACUGAGUGCCAACAUAAUGUGUGCAAGGAGUGUCUCCAGCGCUCAUUCAGAGCAGAUGUGUUUACCUGUCCUGCCUGCAGGCAUGACUUGGGCAAAAACUACUCCAUGGCAAUCAACCAGUCUCUGCAAGAGAUUCUUAAUCAGUUUUUCCCCGGCUACAGCAGUGGGCGAUGAUCUUUGGUUCUUCUGCCAUCAACUGAGGAUACGCAAAGUAAACUGUAAGGAAUUUAGUAAUGGCAAUAAAGAAUCCCUUUCUUAAUAUAUUUUAAUGAAUAUAAACUACAUGUUGUGGACUUAAAUGCAACUCUGUCAUUGUUCAUGUGGUUCAUGAUUUUUUUCGUUAUAAUACAGCCAUUAAUUUUAAUUUCAGUAUUUUGUUUUCUUGUAUUAACCUUUAUUUGACUUGUAUUUGCUCAGUUUUAAGCCGUUAUCUCGACCAAACUUAUUUUCCGUUGGCUCAAACUCUUGUGUGCCUUAAAUGUGAUAAUCAUGAAGCUGGCCUCAGAAUGCGUUUUCUAAGCACAAAGUUCAACUGUUGCUCCACAAAUAUUAUGCAUGUUAUUGUGGGAUUAGAACCUAGGCACUGAAGCCUCUUCAAUUAAUGUGUCAUUAAUUGGACCCUUAAGUAUCUGUUCUGUUAAUUGUAUUGUUUAAAGAAUGUUUUAAUGUACAACCAGCUAAAUCAAAUGGUUACAGCAAAAGUUGCAGCCUUCCAAAUAGAUUUAAUAAGGCCACCAGUAUUUGGCAAUUUAACAUUAAGCUAGCCCAAAGAAGUGAAGUAUAGACCCCCUUUAUUUUAGUAUAUUUUCUGGCAACUUGACCUGAUGAAAUUCUGAGAAUGUAUACUCAAUUUGUAAUCCUUUUCUGCCAUGUAUUUUUGGCUCCCUUAUACUUUAAUGUUUCAUGCACUGCUCCUGUAAUGUUUAUACCUGUUAAUGCUUUUGUAAUCUCUUAAAUGCAUGACAAGAUUUCAUCCACAUGUCGGCACUUUGGAGAGACAAAAUUGGCAUAGUCUGAAAAAAAUGUAUUAUAUUUUCACAAUUUGUACACGUUUUUAGCCGUGUUUUUAGAUUUUAUAUGUAGUUUUAGAAAUUUUGCACGUGUUUUGUGCAAGAAUUUUCUAUUUUCAAUGUUCUUCAAU